AUGUUGAGUCCAAGCUUCCCAGAGCUUCCCUGGCAAGCUCGCAGCCUGACCCGUCUUGGUCUGGGCACGGCCUGGCGACGGCAGGUGGAGCACUUGGCCAGCGACCCAGGGCAGAGAUGGCAGCAGCUGGCAGCAAUACAAGAGACCUUGCUGGCCCAACGCCUGAAGGCGAAGGUGGUCUUGGGGCAUUUGUCGAAGCAAUCGAAUAUGCUGGGGCAACGAGCCGUUUUGGCUUGGCACGCUGUCACAACGAGGAGGCCCAGAGUGGUCCCUCUUGGCGGCGCGCAUGGAGUUCGACCGCAUCGGUGUUUUCUGGCCUGGAGGCUACACAUCUUGCAGCAACGCAGCCCAGAACAAAAGGAGAUGCUGGAACUGAUCGAGAGCUCCAAUGAGUGGAUCCAGAGACUUCAGCGUGAACGUUGGGCCUACGAGGAGCGGCUGGCCGCAGCGGACGGUCAGAUCCGAGCGUUGGAGGAGGCGCUGGAUGCAGAGGAAAAGUCCAAAGAGGCUUUGAUGCUUCAUCUGGAGCGGAGCAGUAUGGCGAAAGACGGGUGA